AUGGUGUCAAGAGGAGUAGCUGUCAAGUUCAUCAGGCAGCAGAUAAAAGACUGGAAUGGGCCAGUAUGGUAUAUUAGUCACCUGGUUGCCCCCAAUCCUCGCUCCAGCUCCACGCCAGUGAGAAUAGUCUGGAAUAGUAGCCAGGAAUUUAGAGGUAUGAGCUUGAACAACUUGCUCUACAAAGGCCCCGAUGUUCUCAACUCUAUCCGGGGGGUCCUCUUGAGAUUCAGAAGUGGGUUGUAUGCCGCCCUUGGUGAUGUAAAGAAAAUGUACAACUCUGUAUGGCUUAAGGAUGAGGAAGUUCAUCUCCACCGAUUCCUCUGGAGGGAUGACCCCAAAGAAGAGAUUGGCGAGUAUGCUGUUGUGAGGGUUAAUAUUGGUGACAAGCCUGCUGGUUGCAUUGCUCAGGUGGCCAUGAGGGAAACUGCUAAUCUGCCCCAGUUCGCAGCCAUGCUCGCAGAGCGUCGCAUUUUAACAGAGGACUGCUAUGUCGACGACAUACUGACGUCCCAUGAUGACCUCCAAGCUUUGAUUAGGACGACUAAAGGAGUCGAAAAAAUCUUACAAGCAGGAGGUUUCUUACUCAAACCUUGGGUCCUGACUGGUCAAAGUGGGAGGAGUGAGGAUCCUAACAGCCCUUGUGAUUGCAGGUCAACAGAACCCAAAACCCUGGUCCUCCCGAAUCAGAUGCGGGAUGAGGAAAAUAAGGCUCUUGGACUAGGGUACGAGCCAGAAACUGACAAACUCCGAUUGCUUACAUCAGUGAACUUCUCAAAACGGCGAGGGAAGAUGAGAACUGGGCUGGAUCUACAAGAAAAAGAAGUUAGAGCAAGCACCCCAGACCCUCUCGCCCGACGAAUGCUGCUGAGUCAGAUCGCAGGAUUUUAUGAUCCCAUUGGCCUGGCCUCACCCAUUAAGCAAAGAGGAGUGAUGUUUGUAAGGGAGUCCUUUCAGGAGGCAGGAAAAGAUCGUCCAGCUAAAGGUACCUGGGAUGAGCCUCUCUCUCAGCAUCUCCGGGAAGCUGCAAUAACACUAUUUGAGCAGUGUGUAAGACUUGGCCAGGUGAGAUUCGAUAGAUGUCUUACACCCCAUGGAGCCCUGGGCCGGCCUAUGGGAAUCACAUUCUCCGAUGGCAGUGAAGCUUCCUAUGGAGCUGUUCUCUAUCUUCGCUGGGAGACGGCGCAAGACAAAGUUGUUGUGAAGUUUGUUGAAUCAAAAGCUAAACUCGCCCCAUUAGACCAAAAAGGUGACGUUAUUAAAGCGGAAUUAUGCGGUGCUGUAUUUGCAACGCGCUUGAAAAUCUAUUUUGAAAAGCACUGUCACAUCAAGGUCGAUAGGUGGAUCCAUUUUGUCGAUAGCCAGACGAUUUUAGGGGCCAUCCAGAAGGAUAGUUAUGGCUAUCAGACGUUCUUUGCAAAUCGGAUAGGAGAAAUCCAAAAGGCGGGGCCUGUCGACACCUGGAGAUGGAUCGAAGGAAAAGAAAACAUUGCUGACCUUAUCACGAGGGGGUCGACCCCCGAGGACCUUGCGGAAGGAUCAGUCUGGCAGGAAGGCCCUGGAUUCCUCAAACUACCUGUUGAAAAUUGGCCUGUGAAAACUGCCAGGGAGAUCAUCUCCUCUGUCUCUGAAGAGAUCGGGGGCCUCCAAAGAAAGGCGUUUUCAGCUGCAGUCACGGCAAGUGGAGCUCUGUUCUGGAAAUGUUCAACCAUUGUAGCGCUCGUCAAGUUGGUCGAGCCCAAAAGACUCAGCUCCCUGACUCGUUUGUGUGGUGCUGUUGGCUGGCUGAAGAGGGCAGUGGACACCUGGCUGGGCAGAUACACCCAAACCCCUGACUGCUCAAAGUGGGAGGAAAGAGCUUACCUGUCAGUAGGAGAAAGGGUAACAGCAUUUAAAUUCUUGGCUCUGGAGGCUCAAGAUGGCAUCAAGUUUCGUGAUACGACUCUUGAUCGCCUGGUCGUUCAGAGAGAUGACUUGACUAGUCUUUUUGUUUGUGGAGGGAGGGUUCAAUGCUGGGAUGAGGACAAAGCUGUUGUGCCAUUAAUCCCGUGUCAAUCGUGGCUUGCAACCCUGUUAGUUAAAGAGGCCCAUGAAGAAAAUCAUGAAGGCGUCGCUGCCACCCUCCUACGAACACGAAAGAAAGCUUGGAUUACGCAAGGACGAAAGUUAGUAAAGAAAAUACUUAACAAUUGCGUCACCUGUACCAAGCGAAGGGCUCAACUCUGCCAACAAGUAAUGAGCGAUCUGCCUCCAGAACGCACCCAAAGAGCCAGCCCCUUCGAGUUCACAACCCUUGACCUCUUUGGCCCCUUUGAAGUGAAGGACACUGUGAAGCGAAGGAUAACAAAGAAAGUAUGGGGUAUCGUCUAUUGUUGUAUGGCCUCUAGAGCAGUCCAUGCGGACCUCACGGAUGACCAGUCCACAGAAAGCUUCCUUCAGGCAUACACUCGCUUUGUUGCCCUUAGGGGGCAUCCAAGAAAGCUUUGGUCUGAUCGAGGGACCAACUUCAUUGGCGCUAAAUCAGCCCUUCAACAACUUUACAAGCAUCUUGAUUGUCUUCAAACUUUGUCCAUUGAAACUGUGACUGCCAAAAAUGGUACUGAGUGGAAGUGGGAGUUUCACCCUGCAGAUGCACCUCAUAGAAAUGGAGCUGCAGAGGCCGCUGUUAAGCUCCUGAAGAGGGCGCUCAUGAGCCUUGGUGGAACCACAAGAUCUCUCACAUGGGGAGAAUUCCAAACCCUUUUGUAUCAGGCAGCCAACUUGACGAACGAACGUCCGAUAGAUGCGAGGGCUCAAGAGCAAGAGAAUUCCAUUGAGUAUUUAACUCCGAAUUCUCUCAUCCUGGGUCGAGCGUCUCCUGGAGGUGACACCUCUGGUCUCGAUCUUGAGGCUCAUUCCUGGCGCCGGUUGCGAGCUAUCCAAAUUGGGGUGGAUCGCUUCUGGGCUAAGUGGAGAGAACUUGCCGGCCCAAACCUCUUCAUUCAACAGAAGUGGCACAGGUCGGAGAGAAACGUGCAAGUUGGCGACCUGGUCUGGGUUGCUGAUCCCAAUGCCUUGAGGAGCCAGUUUCGCCUAGGCCGAAUCUUGACGGUCUACCCUGACAAUAAAGGGAUUGUCCGGGAUGUAGACAUUGCCACUUGUGCUGGUACUCCAGCUUCCCAGGCGGAUGGCCACAAGAAAAGCGGCUCUCCGUUGCCCACGGUGGUCAUCAGGAGAGAUGUAAGAAGGCUGGUGGUCCUUCUUCCUGUGGAAGACCAAAAUCCCCCCCCUGUUAACUUGACCCAUUUUGGGUCAAGCCGUUGUCCAUGGCAACAUGCGGUGUAGGCCAAACGCUGCCGCUGUUCGCACAGUGCGCGUACACACACUCACACACAUACAUCAUGAUAUUUGCAUCACAUGAAGAGCUUAUUUAACCAUGUACCCAAACAGGACAUUACAUACUUGCUAUGAAAUGUACUUUUAAGUCACUUUGGACAUUGAACUCUUCGUGGACAUUUGCUGGAAAAAACAAAACAAAACUUUUGUAUGUAUUGUGGUGCAGAGAUAUUUCUUGCAGUAAGAUGUGAUUGUGACCUCCUUAAAUUUAGGGUUAGUUCGGUCAAGUGGGAGGUGUUUUGCUCACUGUGUGGUUGUAAGUGGGAGGGUCUACUAGGUCAUGUUUGUCAAAGAUGGUAAGCGCAAGUGAAUGAGAGGGUGGUUCACUUACCUGGUUGAUUCAUGGUGUAGCCAGUAAGAUCUUCCAUGCAAAACCGAAACGGGUAGUUGUUAUCCAAUGAGGUGCGCUUAGAGAUUUUAAAUGGGAACGCGCUUAGCUGUCCAACAUGGCGUCUCGUUGAGAGAGCAAAGCACCACCACCCUAAGUGCAGCUCAGGUGGGCUCUGCAGCGGACCCGACUUUACCCGCAAGCACAGCUGACCCCACAAUGGAUGUGACUUCACCCGCAAUCACAGAUGAUACAACUGCAACAAAUGCACCAGUAACUGAAGUUUUCACGUUGAUCUUCAGCAUCAAGGAAACCUUUGUUCCAGCACUGGCUAACCCAAAUUCUCAACAAUUUAAAGACAAAGCUAAAAAAGUCACUAGUGAGAUUGAACCAUUGUACAAGAAAGCCUUUAAAAACUUCCAUCUCAUGCAAAUCUUUCAGUUCAGGAAUGGUUCUAUUGUGACACACAGCCUCAUGUCUUUCCUUCCUGGCGCUGACGUGACUGACACCAACGUGAAAGACGUCCUUGUCCAAGGAGUUAACAGCUUGACCUUUCCUGUUGAGCCAAACUCCAUCAAUGUCACCCUUGUUAUUAGUAAUUCCAUGCCACCAGUGAUUGCCAGCUCACUUUCCAUGAUAUGGAUGUCUCUUCUACCACUUCUACUUUCAGCGGCAUUGCACUGUUAGCUCUAAGCCUGAUCAGAAAACGCACCCAGUAACUUAACACUAUUUAACAUUUCAACCUAUUCUACUGUUGUAAAUGCACACAGACAGUUCCUUUUGUCACCACAAACAGUAACGUUUGCUUUUUACUGAUUAUUUAAUUCAUAAGCUAAAUGGAAUCGGGUGUUUUUAUAAACAAUAUCUGCUUUCAUAAGAAAAACAAAUAUUUUAAAUGAUGAAACUGAGGAUUUAAUGAUUGUGAUGACAUACCUGAAUGUGGCCUUGGGCAGAAAAACAAGUGUUGACUAAAUUUGACCUUAAACAGAAGAGCAAUUACUGACUACGCCACCAGGGGACUUUCACCCCAGGAAUAUUAACCAGAAAACACUUCAAUGUUGACACGCAAGGUUCGUUUGACUAAAGACACCAGAGACCAAAGUUAUGAAAAUACAAAAAGGCCAUUUUAUUUUAUUACAAUGUUUACAAAAAUAAAAAUUCCUUUACUUCACAAAAUCACUUUCAUUCACACUCACAAUCCAAAGAUUUAACUGACAUGUGUGUGGGGCAGGGAUAAGGGAGAAAUCAAUAUUAACGGGGCUGAAGCCUACCAGCAGGGGGCAAGAUACCAAGAGACGAAGGAGAAAUCCAAGGAGGCACACCUUACAAGCAUACGUGUCACACUCACUGCAAACAGAUUUAAAUAUAUCAAAUCAAUCAAAAGCACAACAAAAGAAUUCCACACAGGCACACGUGAACACACACGAAAAAUAGGGAAACACCACCACCUAAGGGAUCAGCUGCCACCCCGCCUUGGGCACUCAGCACCUGAAAAGUAAAUAAACAGAAAAGAAAAUCAAACAAAGAAAUAACAUACAGCUUAAUCACAACAAACUAACCAAUUAAAACACACAACCACACACGAUAUAAACUAAGGGAGGGAAACUACGUGGACCACUGAUGAUCCACAGCUUGCAAUAGCCUCCCACCAGUACUGGCAUACAGCUGACAACAAAAGGCUGCUUGCCACAACAGAAAAAUUGGGCAGACGUGGUUGCUAGCUGCACACAAGUUCACAUAAAAUAAGCUCUUGUGAGCAUUAAACCAAAUAAACAGAUAAGAAAAAGAAAAAAGCAUUAACAUAAAUCAGGCCCAAUAAGAUAGCCCACUGGCUAUCCACAGCUAUAGAAAAAGAGCCUCCUUCCAGUAGGUUAAAACCUGAGCAGGACUAAAACAAAAAUACCCAAUUUAACAGAAAAGAAAAUAUCCCUCAUACCACACUCCAAACACACUAAUUAUAGGCGAAUAAUGAUCAAGCACACAAACAGUCUCACACAAACACACCCUACAAAAGUUAAAACUAGUGUUAAAGUACUAUGGUGGUUUGUGGUUGUGGUACAGGCAGCUGCACCAAUCAAAGAAAGCAGCACUUGGUAGAAACGCGCUGGCAAGAACAGCAGCAAACCCACGAAGCAGCAUUCGCGGCCCAACAGAACAGCAGCCUAGGGUGGCGUGGAGUUACGCCAACACCGGCCGCUGCCCUAUAACACAAAUGAGUGGAUACCGCAUACGUAGAUCUCUCAAACCCGUGAUGGCACAAGGAAAACUCCGUAGCAGUUUAGUUAGAAGGAACUCAUCAGAACGCACUUGAAGAUUGAAUGCUUUAGGCAACAGCCAUACGCUGAACCAUAAGCAAUCACGGCAGGAAAACUGCACAACAAGGAAAUGAAUGUUACAGCCUACCCAAAUAAACGUCCCCAAAUGUUGAGCAGUACUGUAAAAAGACUCGCUUACCAGCAUCAGCGAAACCACCCGUUUAUGGUAAGAAGCACCGGCCAGUGUGUACUCCUUGCCACCGAUUCAACCCCCGGUCGGUCGGAAAUGAAGCAAAAGGAAGUGAAAGCAGCUACGAUGACACAGUCCAGCGUAAUUAUAAUAAAUAAAAGUCCGCCCCAUUGGUUAAUUGGACUGGCCCCUCCCAAUGCAGCCAGAUCUCAGGGAAACUGCAGAGUAAGAGGUGAUUCCAUCUGCUACAUGAACAUUUCUCCACUUCUAAACAGUCCUAUUGAUUGCUGUCUUUCAUUCAUGGGCGUAAAAAUGCGUAUGGACGCGUCCAUACCAAUAUUCAGCUGAGUUUAAAAUGUCCAUACCAUUUUUGAAUGGAGAAGCCGCGAUGCGGGAAACGCUGAAUAAAACCACCAAACGCGGUAUCGCUUCCAGCUGAUUUUCAGUUGUGAACAGACCUCUCAAAGACGGCUGACUAUUGGUGGGGACAGCAGGUAAAAAAGCUUUAUGAAGCUUUGAUUGGCCCACCUCCCGUUGCCUUGACGUUGCUGUGGUUUUUGAUUGGCCCACCUCCCGUUGCCUUGACGUUGCUAUGGUUUUUGAUUGGCCCACCUCCCGUUGCUUUGACGUUGCUAUGUUUUUUUGUUGUCAUUGGCUGUAAGCAGUAGCAAGCGGUAAAAUCAGCAUCCAGCUCGCUGCUACAGCAAAACAGCACACAGGCAGUGAUGUCGGGCAAUAAAAGAAAACGUAAGGAGGACAUAAUAUGACAUUUUUGUCAUAUGAUCCUGUAACAGCAAGGAGUUUCUGUUUGCAAUCUCUGUCUCUCUCUCUCUCUCUCUCUCUCUCACACACACACUAAUAAAUGCUUGUAGGUGAUGUUAAAUGUUUACUUAUAUUUACUGUAACAGCAAGGAGUUUCUGUUUGCAAUCUCUCUCUCUCUCUCUCUCUCUCUCUCUCACACUAAUAAAUGCUUGUAGGUAAUGCUAAAUGUUUACUUAUAUUUACUUUUUUCUUGCUCAUUGUUUGCAUGUAUAUGUGUAUAUGCAUAUGUAUGUAACCCAGGGGUCACCAAACUUUUUUCUCUGGGGGCCACAUUGUCGUUCCUGACUGUGAUGGGGGGCCGGGGUCGGGUCAGCUAUAUCACAUAGAAUUGUAUAACCCAGACAAAUAUGACCACCAGCAGGCCUCAUUGUGUAGUAGAGAUUACUAGCCUGGCACGGCCAUCCCCACUACUGUAUCCAUACUACUAUAUCAACACUUGAUUCCUGGCACAUAUUUGUUUAUCUUUACUAGUGGUUUGCAAAAGUAGUAAUCAAGUCUUCACACAUUGUUUUAAUUUGAAAUACCACUGAUAUUCCAUUUAUUUAUUUUCUAAUAAAAAUAAUAUCAAAGCUGUCAAGGUAAGAAACAUCUGCCUAGUUGAGGUGAUUGACACUGGCAAAGGUGAGUGGAAAAUUAUAAAUUGUAGGUAAGCCUGUUGAUAUUAUUAAUAAUAUUAAUAAUAAUUGUAUGCAGCACUUAAUAAAGGUCAAAUAAAUAGGCCUAUAAAAUAAAUACAUUUUAAAAAACAGUGAAAUUAUAAUAAUAUGAGCAAUAGAUCACAGCAGUUGUGCUGUGUCCUGCACGUCAUUGCUCUCAUCCAUGGCCAAAGCAAAAAAAACUCGAAUUCUGACGCUCUCUCAUUCAGCUGGUCAUACACGUUGUCCCCCAAAUCUUCGGUUCGCCUGGUCAUAGUAGGUACGGAGAGACUCACCGCGUUGAGCGCAUCCUUCUUGUCGGGACACACCUCCUCGGCCACAGCAAGCAUGCAUACUUUAACAAAGUCCCCAUCAGUAAACGGCUUUCCAUGGGUAGCUAGUAGGUGAGCUACUUUACAGCUAGCUCGGACAGCAGCCUGGUUGAUCUGGGUUUGGCGAAGGAAUACAUUCUGUUGUGCAGCCAGUCCGCAUUUCAUCCUCCGAAUCCUGUCUUCUCUUGUUUGCCCUCGCAAACUAGCAUACUCUUUGUGGCAUAGUUCGAAUUACGUGGGAGCCAAUGGGAGAUGAGCUCCCAUUCCCUCAGGCUCCCAUGAAAGAAGCAAACUUAAUUUUCUGUGGAAGUCUCUCAAAUACGUCAUAUAUCACCAUAAUAAGCUUGAAUAGCCUAUAUCACCAUAUAAAUAUAAAUAAAACUCAUUUCAUUUCCGAUCACCAUGCAGCCAUA